CUCCACCACUCUCUCCUCACAAUGGCUAGCCAGCCAGACCCUGUCAAUCCCAGCCACGCACUGUUUGAUCGAUUCGUCCAGGCCCAGACUUGCAAAGAGGCCCUGCAAAACUUCAGUGAACUCUGCCGCCACCUAGAGGUGGACCCUAAAGACUACAAGCACUUUUACAGCAAACUCAAGGACAGACUCAACUACUGGAAGGCCAAAGAUCUUUGGCAGAAGAUAGAGAGAGCCGCCCAUCCAGAUUAUGAACAGGGCCAAGUCUGUCGCCAAAACAAAGUUUUAGUGUUGGGUGCUGGUCCGUGUGGUCUGAGGACUGCUAUAGAGUUGGCCUUGCUUGGUGCUCAGGUGGUUGUACUGGAAAGAAGGGGAUCUUUCACCAGAAAUAACGUUUUACACUUGUGGCCCUAUACCAUCCGCGAUCUGCGAAACCUUGGCGCAAAGAAAUUUUAUGGAAGAUUCUGCACUGGCACCCUUGAUCACAUCAGUAUCCGUCAGCUGCAGUUGAUUCUCCUGAAGUUGGCUGUGCUUUUGGGUGUUGAAGUUCAUACAUGUGUGACUUUUCAAAGUCUUCUUGAACCAUCAGGAACCACAGGAUGGAGGGCAGAAGUGUCUCCAAACUCUCACCCAGCCGGUGCAUUUCAGUUUGAUGUUUUAAUCUCAGCUGGAGGAGGACGUUUUGUGCCUGAUGGUUUUAAGAUAAAGGAGCUCAGGGGGAAACUGGCUAUCGGUAUCACAGCAAACUUCAUAAACCGUCACACUAAAGAGGAAACUCAAGUGCCUGAGAUCAGCGGAGUCGCGCGAAUAUACAAUCAGAAAUUCUUCCAAGAGCUUCAGUCUGAGACGGGUAUUGAUUUAGAAAACAUUGUCUACUACAAAGAUGAAACGCAUUAUUUUGUCAUGACUGCAAAGAAGGCGAGCUUGUUAAAGAAAGGUGUCAUAAAACAGGACUUCACUGAUGCAAACCAGCUGCUCGCAUCGGCAAACGUCAACCAGGAAGCCUUGCUUCAGUACGCCUACGAUGCGGCCGACUUCUCCACCGAGCGCAUGCUGCCGGACCCUGAGUUCGCAUUGAACCACGCGAACCAGCCGGACGUGGCCAUGUUUGACUUCACCUCCAUGCACAGAGCAGAGUACGCCUCUCUGGUCAAAGAGAGAAAGGGCAAAAGAUUGCUUAUCGGAUUAGUGGGUGACUGUCUGGUCGAGCCAUUUUGGCCUCUGGGCACUGGAAUCGCUCGUGGUUUUCUGGCCGCGUUUGACGCUGCAUGGAUGGUGAGAAACUGGGGCAAAGGUCUGCCGCCUCUUCAGGUUCUGGCUGAGAGGGAGAGCGUGUAUCAGUUACUUUCUCAGACCACACCCGAAAACACCAGCAAGAAUUACAACUCAUACAGCAUUAACCCAUCCACACGUUACCCAAACCUCAAACUGUCCUCUAUCCAACCCAGACAGGUCAAGCAUUUGUAUAACUUAGAGGAAGAUAUAAGCAAAUCCAGCAAACAGAAGAAACCUAUUUUAAAAUCAAAGCCCAGACAAGAGUCGAUCAGGCGUUUGGACGAGUUGUUGUCCUGGUGUCAGAAAAACACAGCCGGGUACGAUCGCGUGAAGGUGACAGAUCUGACCGAAUCGUGGAGAUCCGGCCUGGCUCUCUGCGCUCUCAUCCACCAUUUCCGACCUGAACUUCUUGAUAUGUCCUCACUGGAUGUAUCUGAUGUCACUAAGAACAACCAGUUGGCCUUUGACCUGAUAGAAAGAGAGUUUGGGAUCGCUCCUGUCAUGCGUGCCAGUGAUAUGAAUGGAUGCAAUAAAAUCGAUCAGCUUUCAAUGGUCGUGUACCUUACACAGAUCUGCAAUGCCCUCAAUGAGAAGGAAACACCAGCAGGUAAUCAAAAAUAA